UCGAAUCGAACGCUAGCGGUACCGCCGCCUCGAUUGCAGUCUCCAUUCAUAUUCAUUCAUACGACUCGGUUUCGGUUGGGUUUCAGUUUCAUUUUCAGUUUCAGUUUCGGCGUUUUUUGAAAGCUCGGCGCGACCGAGCUCUCUGGAAAGAAAGUGCUGCUGUCUUUCUGCCGAUCCUUGGGCAGCUUUCGUUUUCGUUUUCGGACCGGUUCGGCUUCUGAUCGGUUACCCAGUUACUUAAUCCCAGUUCAUGUAACCAUUACCGGCCCCUAAUCCUGGUCAGCAUGCGACGGGAGCGACGUGUUCCGCUGCUGCUGCCACUGGCGCUGAUUGCACUGCAACAGGUGGCCACCAGCAUGGCCACAGUGCGUCAGCCGCGCGAAAUCAUCAUCACAGAUGCGGUGCGGCGCAUCCAGAACGAUGGCUACAAUGUGGAGCGCCACUCGGUGACGACCAAGGACGGAUAUGUGUUGACUCUGCACCGCAUUCCGCAGGUGGAUCCCGAGCGGGGCAGCCUACUCCGGCGGCCUGCUGUCUUCCUGCUCUCCGGGCUUUACGCUUCCUCGGAUGUUUGGCUCCUCAAUGGUCGCGAGGACUCCCUGGCCUACCUUCUCUGGCGGGCUGGCUACGACGUGUGGCUGGGCAACAACCGGGGCAACAUCUACUGCCGAAAGAACCUGUGGCGCAACACUACGGAGCGCGAGUUCUGGGACUUUAGCUGGCACGAGAUGGGUGUCUAUGACAUGCCCGCCCAGGUGGACUAUGUCCUGCGGAGCACAGGACAGCGGGCCAUCCAUUUUGUGGGCAUCUCGCAGGGCGGCACCGUCUUCCUGGUGAUGAACUCCAUGCUGCCACAGUACAAUGCCGUCUUCAAGAGUGCCACCCUGCUUGCGCCGGUGGCCUAUGUGAGCAACACGAAGAGCGGUCUUGCCAAAAUCAUCGGCCCUGUUCUGGGCACUCGCAACUAUGUCUCCAAGAUGCUCGAGGGCGUGGAGAUGUUCUCCACGAAUAAGUUCUUCAAGAAGUUCCUCUCGAUGACCUGCCUGGAGAACGAAAAGCCGCUGGUCUGCAUCAGCCGUUUGUGGCCUGCUGUGGGCUAUGACACCAGGUUCCUCAACAAGACCCUGUUGCCCGACCUGAUGGCCAACUUUCCCGCAGGCGGAUCGGUCAAGCAGCUGAUGCACUACUUCCAGGGCUACGUGUCCACGCACUUCCGGCAGUAUGACUACGGCCCAGAGCGCAAUUGGCUCCACUAUCAGCAGCUGGAGCCGCCGGAGUACGUGCUGGAGAAUGUGACCACGCCGGUGACGGUGUUCUUCUCGGAGAACGACUACAUAGUGGCUCCAGCAGACAUCUGGCGACUGCUCACCAGGUUGCCAAACGUGGAGGCCGCCUACAAGGUUCCCUGGAAGCGCUGGAAUCACUUUGACUUCAUCUGCGGCCUGGGUGUAAGGGAGUACAUCUUUGACAACAUUGUGCUCUCCAUGAAUCGCUACGAACAAAGGCGACGCUGAGAAGGGAUCAGGGAUCGGGGAUCACAGAUCACAGCCAGAACUACCACUAGUGCCAAAAACAAAUUGUAGAAUUACGAAACUAAAUCUGCGGUUGAUGCGGCUAAAUCAACUCGGGAUAUAAGUAUGUACUGAUUAAAGAAUAAAUAAUUUAUAGCUUAGAGUAAAAGG